AUGCUUUGCCAGAAGGAGAUGAAAUGGAGACAAGGUGUGGCAGCAAGGUGCUCAGCAACAACAGACAAGGCUACUCAUACGAUGCCAGCUGCUUUCAUGCAUGUACAAGCGCGUACUCCGUGCCUUGCCUUCUCGGUGCAUGCAGGUAGCAGUUGGCAGCAGCAUGGAUGGAAACAGGUACUUCGAAUCGUACCCCAGCGUCUCAACCAUGACAGAGCGGUACAGAGCACCAGGCUAGAGCAUGGGACGAUCCCGCCUCGAUUGCCACCAACGGGCUUCUGCAGCAAUGCAGAAGCUGCUGGAUCCGCGCUCACCGACCUGCAGUGCCAGGCCUUGGAGCCGGCACCAACAAGCGAGCCAGCUCAAGCAUGCAAGGUGCGUACACGCCAACAUGCAGAGGAUGCCGCUUUUGGUGCCGUCCGCAGCAGGUCGUGCACCGACACACCCAAUGGCAUUACAAUUUGCUUCCUUAUAAGUACUUGCCUACAUCACAACCCAUGGCAUGUCUAUCGAGCUCUGGUCAUGGUGGGGAGUGUGGUUCAGAACUGCGGACAGGCCUCGAUGUGGACUCUGUGGACUCUUGUGUACUUGAAGCAUUACUGGCUCGAGUAA